AGCCAUAUUAACAAACAAAGUAAGCAGAGUGGGAGAUGGCAGCAUACGAGUUAGCAGAGGAGUCGGUUGAUGGGCCGUACUAUCUCGAGAAAGUCUCCAUUCCAGAGGAUUCCGAGGAUGGGUUUGAGUAUGAGGAGAUUACUGUCGAAGAAGAGGGUGUAACUGAAGGAGAAGAGGAUUUGGAAGCGGCAGUUAAAGCAUUACGAGACCGCAUUGAAGCCUCUGAGUCUGUACCCUUGACAGAGCGGCUAGGCUCGGCCAAGCAGCCAGUAACCCACAUCCCUGAAGUGGUGGACGAUUUUCUCCGCAACUUUCUUGUUAAAAUGGGUAUGAGCAGAACGCUGGAUUGCUUCCAAACAGAGUGGUUUGAGAUGCUACAAAAAGGCAAGCUCAAAACAGACGAGGUGGGGUUCGUACCUGACCUCUACACCCACAACCAGCUCCUAGAUAACGAGCUGAAAAAUGUGCAAAGAGAGCGAGACAGCUAUAAGCAGGCCGCACUGCAAGCUGGAGAGACCAUUGUAAAGCUUCAAAAGGAGAGGGACUUCCAUCGCCUGCAGCAUAAGCGUGUGGUCCAAGAGAAGAACAGGCUGAUCGAGGACAUUAAACGGCUAAAGAAACACUAUGCAUCCUAUGAACCUGCUCUGAGACAACUGAAAGAGAAGUACCAGACAGCUCUGAGGCAGAAGAUGCUGGUCAGUAUUGAAAGGGACAGAGUCAUUGGACAAGUUCACAACCUGGACAGCACCUUACGUAAUGCACACUCCUCACCAGGGACUCGCAGAGGACCCACAGAGUCUCAAAAAGGACUAGAGAAGCUCCAGCGCAGUCCAGAGCAAAGUACCAGACCAUCAGGUGAUGGGGUAGCUCUUUAUAACCCUACCAAAGAUCCAACCAAGACCAUUACUAAACAUCCAAAGGACUCUGAGUUCCCUGCUGGCACACACAUUAAUCCCUUCCUGCCCCAAAUUAAAGCCCUGUCUGCUCAAAGCGCCAGAGUAUCCAGCUUCUCCAUGACCAGAUCCCUCAAAGCUCAUACUAUGGCUGUGAGCUGUCUUGCGCUCCAUCCUCGCAAAUUUGUUGUGGCCUCUGCCAGUGAUGAUCACCUUUGGAGGCUUUGGGGGAUGCCAGAAGGUGAGAUGAUAAUGACCGGAGAGGGCCACACUGACUGGUUGUCUUCAUGUAGUUUCCACCCCAGUGGGGCCUGUCUGGCCACCACCAGUGGUGACACCACAGUGAGGAUCUGGGACUUUGCCAAAGGCCGCUGUGUGCUAACCCUGGAGGGCCACACACACGCCACCUGGGGGUGCUCAUUCCACUCUUGUGGAGACUUUGUGGCCUCCUGCUCCAUGGACAACACAGCCAAAGUCUGGGACCUGAACAGUGAGCGCUGCCGCUACACCCUGAGGGGCCAUGUCGACUCUGUGAACAGCAUCACAUUCCUGCCCUUUUCCAACAUUCUCCUCACCUCCUCUGCUGAUAAGACCCUCUCUCUGUGGGAUGCCCGCACUGGACUGUGUGCUCAGACCUUCUAUGGCCACAAGCACUCAUGCAACAGUGCGACCUUCAAUGCUCUGGGAGACACCGUGGCUUCCUGUGACUCCUAUGGUGUGGUGAAACUAUGGGAUGUGAGGAAUGUGUCAGCCAUGGUGACCGUGGAUACCGGGCCACAGCCCAGCAACCAAGUGGUCUUCAGUCCAAAUGGACAGGUGCUGGCAGUCGCGAGUAACGAUGGCUCAGUGAAGCUGGUGCAAGUGGCAUCUUUGCACAUGUCCAGUCUGUUAGGGCACAAUGAUGCUGUUCAGAGUGUCAUUUUUGACCAUAAAGGAGAAUAUUUACUAUCUUCAGGCUCUGAUGGUGAAAUCUUCAUCUGGUCAUAAUAUUUGAAAUGCUACAAAUUGAUAAAAGUAGAUUUAUAGGCCAUGUAUAAUAUAGACUGUUGUAUAAAUGCACAAUUCACAAAUUCAGUCGUGUGCCAUAAAUGAUCAAAAUAUGAUAUAAUUGCAUAUA